AUGAGCAAUCAGGAGAGUAAAACUCAGAGCGAAGCUGCACCAAUUGGAUCGCAGUCUACAACAGUGGACAUACUGGACAAAGGGAAACACCAAGAAGAUACAAUAGUAGAUAUUGCAGGGCCAAGUAGGCCAUCGCCUAAUAAAGAUCCUUGUGAUGAUGGAGUACGAGUCAAGCACCUGACUAUAGGCGUUCCACUGUAUCAAGCUGCUCUGAAAGGAGACUGGAAAGCAGCGAAAGCUAUAAUCGAUGAAGAAAAUGGUAUUGUGCGCGAGCACAUUACCAGUAGAUGGGAAACUGCUCUUCACAUCGCUGUCGCAGCAAAGCACACGGGGUUUGUGAGAAAUCUACUAGGAAGAAUGAACCCCGAUGACUUGGCCCUGAAAAACGAGGCCGGCAACACAUCCUUAUGUUUUGCUGCUGCGUCGGGAGUUAUCGAGAUUGCUGAAAUGUUGAUAAACAAGAAUCCAGAUCUUCCCAUGAUUCGUGGCGGUGGAGGAAUGACUCCAAUCCACAUGGCAGCUAUGUUUGGUCAUGCUGAAAUGGUCAUAUACCUACGCGGGAAAACAGUCUUUGGAGAUCUAACUGAUGUGGAAUUUAUGAAUCUUUUUCGGUUAAUCAUAUUAGCUGAUAUCUAUGAUGAAGCUCUGAGGAUGUUGAAAAUGGAAAGACAACUAGCCAUUUCUCGAAUUGGUACAGGGGAAACUGCCUUGCACUUGAUGGCUCGCAAGCCUUCUGCAAUUUCGCACAGGAGACAGCUAAACUUGUUUCAGAGACUAGCAAAUUUUAUUUAUAAGGGGUUCUUUCAUGAAGCCAAAAUGCGAACCCUAGCUCACCAGCUGGUAGAGGAGUUAUGGAAUUCAGUUUUGCAGUUGCCAAUGGAUAAGGUUUCGGAUUUAAUGAGGUCUCCUUCAAGACUACUUUUCGAUGCUGCAAAAUCAGGAAAUGUUGAAAGCUUAUUCCACAUUGCUGCUUUGAAUCGUCAUGAAAGAAUCUUCGAUAUAAUCUAUGAGCUAGGGACUAUUAAGGAUUUGAUAGCAGCGUAUAAAGAAGAUGAGUCAGAAAAUAACAUGUUGCAUCUUGUGGCACAUUUACCUUCUCCAGAUCGGCUACAUGUUAUAUCAGGAGCAGCACUUCAAAUGCAAAGAGAGAUCCUUUGGUUCGAGGCUGUUAAAAAGAUAGUUCCUCGUUCAUACAUUAAAGCUAAAAACAGUGGUGGAGAAGUAGCGCAUGAUCUCUUUACCAAAGUACACAAAGAGUUACGCAAAGAAGGAGAAAAAUGGAUGAAAGAUACCGCAACAUCAUGUAUGCUUGUAGCAACGCUGAUAGCGACUGUGGUCUUUGCAGCAGCCUUUACUGUACCGGGUGGAAACGAUGCAGCAAUGGGAUUUCCUAACUUUAGGAAGAAAUUGUGGUUUGAUAUCUUUAUCUUAUCAGACUCAGUUGCCCUCUUUUCAUCGGUGACAUCGAUUGUGUUCUUCUUGUCAAUAUUGACUUCUCGAUAUGCCCAAGAUGAUUUCCGGAGGGCCUUACCAUCAAAGCUAAUGUUCGGGCUACUAGCAUUGUUUGUGUCGAUCAUCUCCAUGGUUCUUGCCUUCACUGCAACAAUGAUCUUGAUCCGCUACCAGGAACCUAAGUGGAGCUUAAUCCUUAUUGCUUGCCUUGCUUCGCUCACAGCUCUCUCAUUUAUUUCAUUGCAUAUUCAUCUUUGGUUUGACACACUUCGGUCAUGUUUGUUUAAGUUUCUUGUCCAUCGACGUAAAAGUGGCAUAUUCCCCUAA